ACGUUGAAAUGACAUGGAAGUAUAGAACGGUAGAUCCCUUCUCUCUCAUCUCUUACUUUCUCUCUCUUAAUUUGAUUUGCUUCGUUCCCAAAUUCUCAAACCCAAUCUCUAUAUUCUUCUUCUUCUUCUUCGAUCAUAGGGUUUGCUAUUAUAAAGACUGGGUAGAAGCGUAAGUUGGAGUUCAAGGGACCGAGGGAACAAGGAGAGAAGUUGUUUAAGGUAUUUACAUAUUUUGAUUGUACUGCCUGCAGAACUUUAUAACUCACAAGUCACAGCUGUGUUCGUCAACAAAUAUUGUUGCACCCUUUAGAGAUCUAUAAAAAUAACUGUCACAAAUGAUUUAGCACCCUUUAGAAAUUCACCUCAAGAAUUAUAAAACUCACAAGUCACAGUUGUGUUUUCCAACAAAUAUUUUUCAGUGGUCACCUUACUCUGGACAAUUUAUUCAUGCAUAAAUCUCAUCAACAAGUUUAGUAUUCGAUACUUUUGUCUUUGUUAUGCUAGGAGAAUACAUAUCAAUAUAUGCUUCUUUUUAAAAAUAUUUUGAUCAAACCUUUUCGCCUUUCUUCCCCUUUUUUUCCUUCCCAUAUGCCAACUCCAAUGUGGAAAGGCACACAAGGAACCCAUAGGUGCUACUAAGUCAUCCUGUAACAUGUUAUGGUGUUAUCCGUAUGACAAGGAGAAAAUGGUAACACUGAAAGUAGUCGUAUCUUUCUCAUCCAUAAUAUGAUAUAUACUUUCAUCACAAAUAAUUCAAAAAGGGCUCUAAAUUUUGGUUUCAUUCACCUGUCAUAAAUUAUGGUACAGUUCAAUUGUCAUCAGGUGAGUCACAUUUUGGCAUUAAGGGAUAAUUUUGUCUAUGAUUUUGAUAUUGUAAGCUUAGUCAUCCUCUAUCCGCUUGUUAGUCGUGUUGCUAGAUCUGUAGUUUAUUGGUGACAAUUGUAACAAUUUAUAGAAAUGUAUUUUCAUGGCAGAAUUAUCUUUGAGUUGAUUCUCACUAGCACAACAUUCCUUUUUCUCCAGAAACAAUAUGGAAAAUUAAAUGGAAUUAUUUUACCAUCAGGAAUGCACACUAGCUUUAAUAACACUCAUAGAAUAAACAGCUAUAAACAGCACCUUUGCAAAUGCUUCUUCUAUUCCUCUUUCCCUUCUGCUUAUAAUACUUCAAUUAACUAAGGUUGUAUAUUGAAAACUGAUGCUUUUAGGUACCCUACAAAAUUUUGGUUCAUUCGGACUGAGGUCUGAAUUUUGAUGGUGGAUGCAAUUCUGUGCACUAGAAACAGUCAACUGUUGCUUCAUAAGGUGACAUUCUAGUAUUGGAGAGCCAGAAUCCAUUAUGAGUUUUUAUUGUUGAUUUGUAUCUACGCACUGGCAACCCUUGGGACUCACAGAUGGCUUUUAAUAAUGAAGAAGAGAAUACUGAGGAUUACCUGUUUAAAAUUGUUUUAAUCGGUGAUUCAGCUGUUGGGAAAUCAAAUUUACUUGCUAGAUUUGCUAGGGAUGAAUUUUAUCCUAAUUCAAAGUCAACUAUAGGAGUAGAGUUCCAAACUCAAAAAAUGGAAAUUAACGGAAAGGAAGUUAAAGCGCAGAUAUGGGAUACGGCUGGGCAAGAGAGGUUCAGAGCUGUUACGUCUGCAUAUUAUAGAGGUGCAGUGGGAGCACUUCUGGUAUAUGACGUUAGCAGGCGCCAAACGUUUGAUAGCAUUGGUCGAUGGCUUAAUGAACUGCACACUCACUCUGAUAUGAACGUUGUCACAAUACUUGUCGGGAACAAAUCAGAUCUUAAGGAUGCAAGGGAGGUACCUAUGACGGAAGGCAAGGCCUUAGCUGAGGCACAAGGUUUGUUCUUUAUGGAGACAUCAGCACUAGAUUCAUCAAAUGUAUCUGCUGCUUUCCAAACAGUUGUAAAAGAAAUCUACAACAUAUUAAGCCGGAAGGUUAUGAUGUCUCAAGAGCUCAACAAACAGGAUGCUUCCUCCAUUGAAAAUGGAAAGACUGUUGUUCUAACAGAAGGAGGGGAGGAUCAACAAGCAGCAGCAGCAGCAGCAGCAGAUGGGGAGCCAAAAAAGGGUUGUUGUUAGUAUUAGGUUUGAUAUUAUAGUGACUCCAAAACUCUGUUCUUAGUUAUUAUUAUUCAACCAAACCUGAAAAUGCAACUAGGUUAUUCAGGAUUGAUCUUAAUGUUUGCUGAAAGGAAUUUUGGAGUAGAAUUUGUCAAUGCAUUGCAAGCACAAUCAAUUGGUUUCAAAACAAAAA